AGUUUCAUUUUCAUAUUAUCGAAGUGUGGAGUAUGAACUGUUCAACUUACUGUCGACACUGGAAUAUUGGAUGUUUGGAUUAGUUGAUUCGUGGUUAAGGGAUUAAGACAAGACUUAAGUGAUUUUAACUUUUAACUUUUAAUUGUUGAAUUGUUUGUCGACUGUUGUCGUUUUCCAUUCAAUAUUCUUGAAAUUUUGAUUCAUUCUUAAAAAGCAGUUACAAUUUAAAGUAGGUUGUAUCCAAAUUCUAAACAUAUUUAAACCAUGUCUGAUAGCCAAUAUACUCAAAUCUUUAACAGAAAUUCAGUGGACGACGUUGAUGAUUCAGAUCUCAUCAAUAGUUAUGACAAACAGUAUGAAAAAGUGAAAAAGAAGGCAAAGGCGAAACUACCCCCUAUUGAUUCAAUGUCUGAGCUGUGUUUAAACGAUGGAGAAAGCAGUGAAUCUAUUGUGAAAGACAAACCAAAGAAAAAAGUUAAUGCUAAUAAGAAUCAUCAAACUGAAUCAACAAAUAGAUAUGAGGAUACAGACGUUCUUUUUCCACCACCCCCACCACCGCCAGACAGUAUAAAAAAUUUACCUAAGACUGAGAGGGAAGCUCUCACAUCAAUGCUGAUGUCAUAUUAUAUGAGUGGAUUUCAUACUGGAUAUUAUCUGGGAAUGAAACAAAAAAAUUCUGAAAACUGAAUUUACUCGGAUCAAUCAUUCCUAAUUUCCUAAUGGGUGAACCUAUUUGUGAGAAUCUUAAAAAUGUUUUGCUUGCAUCUAAUGUUAAAUAUUAUUUUGUAUUAUAUCAUAUAAGUAUUGUAAGAUGUAAAACUAUGUAAGUAUAUAAUUUUGUCUUAUUAUAUUAAAUAUAUUGGAUUUGUAAAGCUAAAA